GCUGUACAGUGUGCAUUUCUGCUCUCUGCCAAAUGCCAAUCUUUAUCUGGCAGCAGAGCUAUAAAGCGUGCGGCUGCAGGAGUAAUUGGCCUAUGCGAGGUGUCCAUUCCACCAUGAAUAACUCUACUAGCCUCAGGGUGCGGUUGCCAGUGCUGGUACUGUUGAUGGAAGUGGUUUUCCUUGGUCUCUUUGCCGGCUUUGUCACCUACGACGACAAUGCCAAUGCCAAGUUUCAGAACAAUGAGACCAACCCUAUGGACAACUCCCUGUAUCGGGACUAUCCCUUCUUCGCGGAUGUGCAGGUGAUGAUCUUCGUUGGCUUCGGCUGCCUGCUGGCCUUCCUACGGCUCUAUGGCUUCAGCGGGAUGGUCUUCAACUUCUUAACAGCCACCUUUACCAUCCAGUGGGCCAUCUUGAUGCAGGGCUACUUCCAAUUCUACUCUGAUGGAAAGAUCCACCUUGGGGUCAUCAACCUGCUCAAUGCUGAGUUUGCCUGUGCCGUGGUGCUCAUCUCCUUCGGGGCGGUGCUGGGAAAGACCAGUCCGGUGCAGCUGCUGGUCAUGGCCCUGCUAGAGGUCCCUAUCUUUGCCUUGACAGAGUGGGCUGUGCUGAAGUACCUAAAGAUCAAUGACGCAGGUGGCUCCAUCCUCAUCCACCUGUUUGCCUGUUACUUUGGGUUGGGGGUCACGUUUGUGCUGUAUCGGCCUAGCCUGAAUGACGGCCACGUCAAGGAGGUUACCAGUUACCAGUCAGACAUCCUGUCGUUGAUGGGCACCCUGUUUCUCUGGGUGUUCUGGCCCUCUUUCAACUCUGCUCUGACCUUAAAGGGUGAUGACCAGCACAGGGCCGUCCUGCACACCUUCAUAGGCCUCAGCUCCUCAACGAUGACCGCUUUCGCCUUAUCUGCCGUAUUCAACAAGAGAGGCAAGCUCACCAUGGCCGACAUUCAAAAUGUGACUCUGGCGGGUGGUGUGACUGUUGGGGCCUCUGUGGACAUGAUGAUCUCCCCUGCAGCCGCCUACGCCCUUGGGAUCAUGGGCUGCACCGCCUGCUUCAUGGGAUACAGGUACCUCACCCCGUUCAUGGCCCGCCACUUCAGGAUCCAAGACCAGUGUGGCAUCCACAAUCUCCACGGCCUCACCGGCCUCAUAUCCUGCACGGCUGGCAUUUGUGCCAUCCUCAUGGCCAACGAAGAAACCUAUGGCCCCAGCAUGUACCAGAUCUUCUCCCACCGUGCACCCAUGGAGGGAGACCCAAAGCUCCUAGAGCUACAGCAGCUGAUCCCAGGGCUGAAGCCCGGGCUGGGGCGCACCGCCAAGGAGCAAGCCAUCUACCAGGUGGCAGCUAUCUUCUCUACCAUCGGGGCAGCCGCUGUCGGUGGGGUGCUGACCGGCUUUGCACUGAAGUUGCCCUGUCUCGCUACGCCGUCUGACGAGUUCUGCUUUGACGACGAGCUGUUCUUCGACGUGCCCUCUGAUUUUGCCAGCAUGGGGGUGCACAAGGCCCCCCCCAGCAUAAAGGACAUUUAGGACAAUACCAAGGUCUGAACUCACAUUUCAGGCUUCCAGCCCUGUAUGGGGACACUGGGUUAACAAUACUGAGGAAUGAAUGUGAAGGUGUGACGCUGCAAAAUGUUGCACAUAGUGUUAGCUUUCCACUCUCUCUUAUAUGACAUGAGAAGAUGGGAUUGACAUCUUAUACAUUCUUGCCAGCUUUCAAGUUCUUUGGCAUUUUGAUCAAUUAAAAAAAUAUUAUUUGAAUGUUUGUUGUGUACAGAAGGAAUAGCUGCUGUUCAUUUUGACCUGUUAUUGUUAUUGACAAUUGUUAUACAAUUAUUUGUUUUGUUAAUUUUGCAAGAUGACAAUUUCAGAUGUGCACUUUUUUACAGAGUGAAUGUAAGAGUGAGAAAUAAAGUGUUAUACUGUCAGGAAUUUACACAACUAUUGGAUGAUAUUGAAAUAUUCACAAUGGGCUGAAUUUGUACAAAAAUGAUCAAAGAUUUGACAAUACAAUUGAUGCUUUUUUUGUAGUAUGUUUAUUGAUGUUUUAAAAUCAUAUUUUUGACUUUAUUGGAAAUAAAACAUGAAUUAUAUUAAAUUUAUAUUUGUUAUUCAA